CAAAUAUUCUUUGUGAGAAUAUAUUCAAAUUUCUAGUGAAAAAUACAUCAUGAUUAAGAGUGAAAAUUCUUCCAGUUUUAUUCCAUUUUUACAUAGAAUCCACACGCAGUUAAGGAAAGCUCUUGAAAUAGUAACCAGCAAACCGAAAAUGUACAAAUAUGAAUGUAGUCUGAACGAAUGCCUGGAGCAUUUAAAAGCUGAAAUGCAGGAACUCGUCAAAAUUGCGAAGAGGCACCCGGAUUAUGAAACAUGUGAAUCAAUAGUAAUCUGCAGACCCAAGAAAAUAUACAGACAUGAACCUAGUAUAUACGAAAGAUUGGAACGUAUCAAAAAAGACCUAAACGAACUUCUGAAAAUCGUCACGAGGAACAAGGAUUUUAAAGUUCAGAUGUCGCUGGCAGAAUUAUUCUUUAUUAUUGAGUUUGAUAUAGAGAGAGUUUUCAACAAUAUUUUUGGACGUUAAAUCAAUAUUUUGUA